UCGUCUCUCUAAAACCUCUCCAGUCUCCACCAGUUUCUGGUUUCCGCCAGCAAGAAAACGAGCAGCACCACCACCAUUAAAAGCCUAGAUUUCGAGGGUUUGAUACAAGUGGUCGUAUCGAAGAACAGAGAGAGAUAUGUGGCACGAAGCCAGGAGAUCAGAGAAGAAAGUCCAUGAUCUCAUGGAUGCAGCAAGAAAACGAGCUCAGAGACGAGCAGUAUAUCUUGCUAAGAGACGUGGAGAUCCUCAGCAAUCUCUCCUUGUUGUUGGAUCUCGUUGUCGUACCUAUCGUGAUGAUGGACUCUAUCAAGCUACUCAAGACCAACAAGGAUUGAUACCAUGGAAUGGAAAACAAGAUGUAUUGAUUGACAGAUUUGAUGGUCGAGCACUUCUUGAUUUUAUACGAGAUUCUCGAAAUAUUCGUGUUCAAGAGAAAACUGAGGAAGAAGAAGAACUAGAAGAGUUUGUAAAUUUUGAGCGUUACCGGGAUUUAAUUAAACAUCGCCGUAGAGGAUUUACUGAUGAAGAGGGUUUACAUCAUGCUAAUCAAGAAAUAGAAGCCAAGAAUGUUCCAUAUUCAUCCGACAGAUCAAAUACUGCACCGCCUCCAGUAAGCAAGGGAUCCUACUCACAGGUUGGAUUUUCAUAUGGUGGGGAUGGGAAGGAGGAAGCUGGUCUGUUGGAUAGUGAUGAAGACGAAGAGGAUGAUGAAGAUGAUGACGAUGAUGACGACUUCAAUAGUGAUGAUAGUAAUGAUGAAGGGAUGGAUAAAAUUGCAAAGGAAUUCGGAGUGAAGAGGUAUAACUGGCUUGUUUACAAGGAUAAAAAAGCCAAAGAAGAAGAGAAAAGACAAAAGGAAGUUGUUAAAGGGGACCCUGCAAUCAGAAAAUUGAGUCGUAAGGAAAGAAGGAAGGCUUCUCAAAUAGAAAGGGAGAGAGAAAGGGAAAGUGCACGUGUAAGUGGAUCUCGAGUAGUACAUCAUGAUCCCUACCGGGAGUCACGACGAAGUCCUACUUAUGAAGCUUAUGCUCGUUCCAGAAGGAGCAAAUCACGUUCACGUUCUCCAUCUUACUCGAGGCGGUAUGAUCGCGGUGGGCAUUCUGACAAUGCACAUCGAAGCAAAUCAAGGGCGCCAAAAAUAGAGUACAUUACUGAGUUUGGUGGCUCUGGCAUGGACGAUCAGAAGCUGGAACGAGUUUCUCCACCACCGUCCCCCAUUUUUCAAGCUGAUGUACUGAACCGGCCUUCAUCUGGUCGUAUACUAGAAGCAUUGCAUGUUGAUCCUGCAUCUGCUGUAUCCCUUGAUCAGGAAAAGGAAAGUAAAAUCCUUAAAACACCAGUAAGCACAUCAGCAGCACUAGCAAAACUAAAUAAGUCAGCUAGUAACGCGGCGGCCCUAAAAGCACACCAGGGUGAGAAAAAGGAAACACCACAAGAGCGCCUCAAACGGAUAAUGAGCAAACAACUGAAUAAGCAAAUUAAAAAGGACACUGCUGUUGAGACAGCCAAGAAACGUGAACAGGAACGACAAAGGCAAGAAAAACUCGCUGAAACAAGCAGAUUAAGCCGGCGUAGGUACCGCAGCCGUAGUAGAAGUAGAAGUCGAUCUCGUUCUCCUCCAAGUAGUAGCAGAAGACAUCGGCGCAGCAGCCGAAGUCGGAGUAAGAGCAGGAGCCCUAGAAGGCAAAGUCGGAGUAAAAGCAGGAGCCCUAGAAGGCAUUAUUCACGGUCACAUUCUCAUUCGCGUUCUCGGUCCCCAAGGGUGAGGAGCCGUUCCAGAUACUGAGCUGAGUGAUCAUCUGCUGACUGGCUUUCUUUGUCCUCUAUGGAAUGGUUGUGUGGAUCGUAAUGUAAUGGUAGAUUACUUUUUAUUGGUUGUAUAAGUUUUGUUUGACGAUCACAAAGGAAAUUGAAGCAAAUCAGAAAAUGUCGUCCCGUGGUUUUCCUUCAAAGAAAGACCUAGAGAUUGUUCAUGUUCUAGUCUUCUCGGAGUAACUCUUUGAUAUGAAAAUUGUUGUACUCGUGAUUAUACUUAAAUGCAGUAUUCCAUUUGAUAAUUUAGGUCUAAAGUAAAAUCCUUU